AUGCCAAGGGGACAAAUCGCCAAAACAAUCCGAGAGAUCACUAAAAUAGUUCAGGAUGUGCUCAAAGAGGUGGAGGUCCAGGAGCCCAGAUUCAUAUCCAGUCUCACCGAAUGCAACGGUCAUUACGAAGGUCUGGAAGUGAUAUCGCCCACAGAAUUUGAAGUAGUCUUAUAUCUGAACCAAAUGGGAGUUUUCAACUUUGUCGAUGACGGCUCACUGCCGGGAUGUGCUGUCUUAAAGCUAUCGGAUGGCAGAAAACGGUCGAUGUCUUUAUGGGUUGAGUUCAUAACAGCGAGCGGUUACUUAAGCGCACGUAAAAUACGGUCUCGAUUUCAAACAUUAGUGGCUCAGGCCUGCGAUAAGAGUAGUUAUCGGGAUUUGGUUAAAAUGAUAGCCGACACCAGCGAAGUGAAGCUCAGAAUCAGAGAGCGAUAUGGCUUUGACCUCCUCAGCAAAGAGUGUGUCUCACUUCAGGGAAAGCAAAGUUCAAUGGAAGGCGACGCUUGGGUUCUCAGCUUUCUUGAGGCCGAAAAUCGAUUGCUUCAGGGCGGAUGUCGUAAAAAAUGUCUUUCAAUACUGAAAACACUGCGCGACCGUCACUUGGAUCUGCCGGGACUGCCUAUCAAUGCCUAUCACUUGAAAACAUUAUUACUAUACGAGUGUGAGAAACACCCGCGAGAGUGUGAAUGGGAUGAGGUUUGUCUCGGAGACCGCAUCAACGGAAUACUACUCCAACUCAUAUCAUGCCUCCAGUGUCGGCGCUGUCCCCACUAUUUCUUGCCUAAUUUGGACUUAUUUCGGGGCAAAUCUCACAGCUCACUUGAAAACGCAGCGAAGAUGACGUGGAGACUCUGUCGAGAACUGCUAACUAAUUCAAAAUCAUUUGAUAAACUAUAGGAUUAAGAGCUCAUUAAGAGGACCACUGAAAGCAAAAUGUUUUUUAUGAAUUUAUUUAUAAUUUAGAUCUCGUUAUUUUAAAUUUAUAUAAUGUAUUGAUAACAUGUGUGAAUGUAUUUUUUAUUUGUAUUUUUUCCUCUUUUUAUAUACAAUUUUGUUGAAACAAUACACAUAAAAUCUGAGCCCAUAUUCAUUGUAUCCAAAAUUAUACAGUAUUGGAAAACGAUAUUAAUAUAAAGCAAUCGGAUCUUAAGAGAUGUGUUGCUCACGUUUUUAUGUUAAAUUGUAUGGGAAAGGGAGGGACGGAACACAUAUUUCAAUAUGAAUUGGUCCGAAAAACAUUCAAUGAUUUUAUAGCUGUCAGCCAUAUAUUUGAUAGUUUGCUAAAAAUACGGACAAAAUAAUAAAUUUUACUAAAAUUGAUUUCAUGUAUAAGAAUCUGUAUGUUUAGUGACGACCAAAAUGUGUAAAAAGUUUUUAUGUGAGAAGCAGUCAGUAGUCAAUCGGAGAAAGUAGUCUUUAUUUCUCUCUUAUAGCCUCUAAUCUAAAACAAUUACUUCGCUAUUACUGUAUGUUUGGCCCGAAGGCCAGUCUUUUUUCAAUUUGUUAUAAAAAUACACAAAACAAACAUUUCUUUUUAUUUACAUAAUAUUUAUAAAUAUAUAUAUUUCUGUAUAUUUAAGGAGCAAAUUGUAAAAUUUAUUCACUAGAG